AUUAGAUAAAAAGUUUGCAAAAUUUACAAAAAUACGAGGAUGUACCUAAAUCUAAACUAAUUCCAAACUGACCAAAACAGUGGGAGAUGGUUGCAAGCUCGAAGUCCCGUCCUAAUUUCGUUCUCUGAAAACUUCUCAACCCUCGAAAAACCCUAAAAAUGGCGCUCACAAAACCAGGCCAAAUCCACCGGUACCCGCAAAGGCAUUACGUCGAUGCUCUCAGGUGGCUCCCCCGGCUUUCCGCCUUCCACCGCCACAUCAUUCUAGCCGCUUUCGACCACGACGCCUCCUCACCCUCCUUCCAGCUUCUUACCCUUUCCCAACCGCUGCAUUCCGAUUUAGAAGCUGAGAUUCCUCAACUCACCGUAGAAUCAUCUCUUUCCACCGCUUCUCGGAUUACUUCCCUGAAAUCCUGCCCGACGUCUAAUAAAUCUCUCAUUACGGCAGCCACAUUUUCUGGCUCUCUCCUGGUUCUCUCUGCCGAUUUGAUGAAUGGGUCGUUAAAUGUAGAGGCCUCCGUAUCUGAUAAAGCUUUCCACUCGGGACCCAUCUCGGGGAUUGAUGUCAGUGAAAAUGGGUCCGAUGUUGUUAGCGUUGGGGAAGAUGGGAAGGUGAAUAUGAUCAACAUCGAGGGUGGGAUAGGCGGCCAGAAAGUGAAAUUUCAGAACGUUUUUGGCAAUAAUGGGCUGGUUUCAUAUCAGGCAGUUAAGUGGGCUUCUCCAGUGGAGUUCGUGACAGGUGGAUUAGGGUUUAGCCUACAGUGGUGGGAUCUUAGACACCCGGGUGGACCAGUUUAUCACUUCAAAAGAGACUGGAAUCAUGGAACCACAUCUGGCAUUGUGCAUUCAAUUGACAUUCAUCCAUCACGGAAGCAUGCCUGUCUUGCAGGAGGUUCUUCUGGUACUGUAUUUGUAUGGGAUCUUCGUAGGCAACAAUCUAUAGCUCUUUCGGGCAUGGGAACGAGGGAUGCGUUGAUCCAGCCACCGUUGGAAAGUGAUGUAUGGGAGGUUCAGUACGACUGUACUCAUUUUUCCAGAAGUGCCCUCUCUUCAGCUUCAUGUUAUCUUCCUGCCAUGAUUUGUUCAGAGGAUGGGAUCCUUGGUGUAUUAGAGCAAAAUGAAGAACCUAUUGAACUUCUGGCCGAACCAUGUGCCAUCAACAGCUUUGACAUCGAUAAGCAAAAUCCCUCGGACGUGAUUUGCAGUCUGGAGUGGGAGGCCAUUGCCAUCCUGUCAAUGCCAGCUGUUGAUGGUACAGUCAGAUCCAAGGCGAGAGCAUAGAGAUGUUACAACUCCCGCAUUCUUUUUUCAAUAAACACAUGCAAAGCGGGGUGUAAUCUAGUCGAGCCACCUUUUAGAGUGUAAUUAAGAUUUAAGGUAUCUUUUUGUGAGCCUUAUAUGGGGUGAAACUUAGUAGAAUGACUCUUGCUCGCCAAGUUGGCAAGGGGAGUGGAGUAAAGUGAGCUAACCUUCUUUGUGGAAUUUGGUGGUCACAAAGAGUGUCAAAAUGUGAUAGACAAUCACAACCAUGAUGAGUCUUGGGUGUUUAUGCAUUAGGCUAUAGUAUACCUAGUGGUAGAUCACCGCCAAUGACCAUCGAUCACACUACAAGAAAGUUGGUGUUUUGCGACACCUAAAACCGUGGUUUAACACACUUGAUAAUGUGGGGAAAAAAGGUUUGUCACACAUGACCCGAGUGUGGUAAUCGAUAUGUGGGGAGGGGAAAUUU